AAAAGGUGCGGGGGUCUGUAGGAUGGGGUAAAUAGGAUAGCGGAACCCUAGAGAUAGAGCACCCGGGAAGAAAUUGUUCACAGGACUCAAUCCGGAAGUCUGGCUGUGACAGGAGGAGAGAGAGCGGCUGAGUUGAGAGUUUGGUGUUUCGGCGACUGGAAAAAGGCGAGGAUUUCGUCGUUCGCCUCCGUUUUACGGCGGGCAAUUUGGCUCAGGUCUAGUCUUUUCUCCCUAUUGCUGCUGCCAUAAUGUCCUCUGAUUUCGAGGGCUACGAGCAAGACUUUUCGGUUCUUACCGCUGAGAUCACGAACCGAAUCGGGAAAGUCCCCAAGUUGGUAGGAGAUGAGAAGAAGCAGUUGGUUUCAAAUGUGGAAAAGCAGCUGGAAGAAGCAAGAGAGUUGUUGGAACAAAUGGAACUUGAAGUGCGUGAAAUCCCUCCACAGAGCCGAGCCAUGUACAGCAGUAGAAUGAGGAGCUACAAGCAAGAAAUGGAAAAACUUGACACAGAUUUUGUGAGUUAAUUCAUCUGUGGUAUUUUGUGAGAGGAUUCAUAAAGUAUUUGCUGUAGUAAGCUUCACUACGGUAUCAUCAUUCUUCAUUCUACAGGUAGUCCCCAGUUUAAGAACGAG